AAGGAAGGAUUGAGCUAAUUUCCUUGUCUUUUUGUUUGGAAUAGAGAAAAUCAAGAUGAACAUGCAAGCAACCAAGGAAGUAGAACGUAGAAAUGCACAAGGUGAGUUAAUGGAGAAAAAAGUAGAGACAGUAGAGUACCGAUCGUCAGCAGGGCAAGGGUUAGAAAAGAAGAACGUGCAGGUUGUCCACCAGGUUCAUUCUACGCCGCAAAAUUUCGCCACUAGCGGCGGCGUUCUGGCUGGAGCCGCCGCAGCGGUCGCAAACACCCUCCAGUCUGCAAAGGAAGCCAUCUCUCGCAAAUAAAACCCCCACCGCUUGAAGAACAUUUCAUUUCUAUUGCAAAUUCUGCUAUGUAAUCAAAUAACAACAUAUUAUAGUUUCUUCUUCGUGGUUUGUGACUAUUUUUUA